AUGAGGAAGUUCGAUCCAUGGCCGAUUUUCUUCAAGCGAGAAUGGAACAGGAACUGGCCGUUCCUGGUUGGGUUUGCCAUCACCGGAACCCUCAUCACCAAGUUCUCUCUUGGCCUCACUGAGGAAGACGCUAAGAACUCAGCUUUCGUUCAGAGGCACAAGAGGUACCUUUUGUUUUAA